CUGUUGGGUUGCUGCUUUCCAUUUUUUUGCUGCUUUCCUUUUUCUCCCUCUUCACUUCCAUUCUCCUCUGCCGAGAGCGGCGACGGCCAUGGCUGCCCUCCUCCUGACCCGAUCCAAAACCCCAAACCUAUGUCGCCUCCUCCACCCCUCCUCCUCCCCGAUCGACGCCUUUCCCUCCUCGUCCUCCCAAUUCCUCCGAGCUCUCCACUCCCUCGCUUCUCCGUCGCUCCUCAGCCCCCCUCUAGAUCUCGGCCGAGCCCCGCCGCCGCCCGAUUGCAGAUCCGCCGCCGCUGGAUCGGCCCCCGCCGCCCCCGUGCCCCAUUCGGUUACUGCUCCCCGCUAUAACGCCCUCCUUGGCUCCAGAAAGCUUUGGGCCUAUGAACAAAUCCCUCAGAGCCACCCAAUCAAAUUGGUGCAUGCUGGUACACAAGGUUUACCUCGUCGGUUUUCUGAGACAGCGCAUGAUGGAACGGUGACACAUCUGUCAAACAAAAUCAUCUCUAAGCUUUCUAAUUCAACUGAAAAGAAUCUUUUGCAGACUACAUGUACUGGAAGGGAGGGAGAUUGUUCGAAUGUUAUUGCUUUCAGCCCAUUGGAGGGGACCCUUAUAAAAGAACGAAAAAGUGGACUGGGGAAUGAAAGCUCGAAGAUAAAUAGAAUGGAGCUUUCGCAAAAAAUUACUUAUGCUCUCAUACCAGCACUGCUUCUUGUGUCAAAAUCUGCAGCGACUACUUCCAUACUGAUUUUCUCAGUAUACUGGCAGAUAUAUGGGUUUUUUAAGGAGAUUUUUCUGGAUUAUGUUCACCAGGAGGUCACCCGAAAAUGGGUUUUAAUAUAUUUCAAGUUGCUUCUUUUGAUCUUGGCCAAGGACACUAUCCUUGAUUUCGAUCUGGUGUAAUAUCAUCAUUUUCUUGAGUUUGGAGACUAGCCUGGCAUCAUCAUCUGUAUGCUGAAGGAUAAUCUUGGGGGAUAAUGUCCUACCUGUGACUUUCCUUCAUUGAAAUUUUAUGGUUUAUCUUUUCCUUUUCUUUUAAUGCUUUUUCAUGGCAUGGAGGCCAUAAUGGAUUAACAUACUGAAUCUGAACAAGUUGGAAGGAUGACUUCUUGGGUCAUGUGAAACUAGGUUGUGUAUUUUGUAUUAAAAUAAAUCAAUGAUGAUGUUCUUUCUGAUAAAACCCAAAAGUUUUUUUUGUUUUUCUUUCU